CGCGACGCGGCACCACACAUAGAUCUCGUUGAUCAUCACAUCAACAACAUCUCCCAAAUUUCAAUUUGAAAUUGUUUGAGUUGACAUAGAUAUUUGUAUUAUCUUCAAAAUGCGUGAGUGUCUCUCUAUCCAUGUGGGCCAGGCCGGAUGUCAGAUGGGCAAUGCAUGUUGGGAGUUGUACUGUUUAGAACAUGGUAUCCAGCCUGAUGGUCAGAUGCCAUCAGACACUACAAUCGGCUAUGGUGACGAUUCCUUCAAUACUUUCUUCAGUGAAACAGGAGCUGGUAAACAUGUACCCAGAGCCAUCUUUGUAGACCUGGAACCAAAUGUUGUUGAUGAGGUACGAACUGGUACAUAUCGUCAACUGUUCCAUCCAGAGCAACUCAUCACUGGUAAAGAAGAUGCCGCCAAUAAUUACGCUCGAGGUCAUUACACCGUCGGUAAAGAAAUCAUUGAUUUGGUCCUGGACAGAGUAAGGAAAAUGGCUGAUAAUUGUACUGGCCUUCAAGGUUUCCUCAUCUUCCAUAGCUUCGGUGGAGGAACCGGUUCGGGUUUAACAUCCCUACUUUUGGAGAGAUUAAGUGUAGAUUAUGGCAAGAAAUCUAAACUCGAAUUCGCCAUUUACCCAGCUCCCCAGAUAUCCACUGCCGUGGUUGAACCAUACAACGCUAUUCUCACCACACAUACGACACUGGAACAUACAGAUGUCGCUUUCAUGGUGGAUAACGAAGCUAUUUACGACAUCUGUCGUCGUAAUUUAGAUAUUGGGCGACCCACCUACACAAAUCUCAAUCGUUUGAUUGGCCAGAUUGUCAGCUCUAUUACUGCUUCUCUCAGAUUUGAUGGCGCGCUGAAUGUUGACUUAACUGAAUUUCAGACCAAUUUAGUACCAUAUCCUCGGAUCCACUUCCCCCUUGCUACCUACGCACCAGUAAUAUCUGCUGAAAAGGCUUAUCAUGAGCAACUGACCGUUGCAGAAAUAACCAACGCUUGUUUUGAACCUGCAAAUCAGAUGGUCAAAUGCGAUCCUCGUCAUGGAAAGUACAUGGCUUGUUGUAUGUUGUACCGUGGGGACGUUGUACCUAAAGAUGUUAAUGCUUCCAUUGCUGCAAUUAAAACCAAGAGAACUAUCCAGUUUGUGGACUGGUGUCCAACAGGUUUUAAAGUAGGUAUCAACUACCAACCACCAACAGUUGUACCAGGAGGUGAUUUAGCCAAGGUUCAGAGAGCAGUUUGCAUGUUGAGCAACACCACAGCAAUCGCUGAAGCCUGGGCUCGUCUAGAUCAUAAAUUUGAUCUAAUGUAUGCAAAGAGAGCCUUUGUCCACUGGUAUGUUGGUGAAGGUAUGGAAGAAGGUGAAUUCUCUGAAGCUAGAGAAGAUUUAGCUGCCCUUGAGAAAGAUUAUGAGGAAGUUGGGGUUGACGGAGGUGACGAUGCUGGGGAAGAAGAAGAUGAAUAUUAAAGUGUCUUAGGUGUAAUGAUUGUUAAAUCCUUAAAUCCUCUUCGUUCCGUCCAUAUUUCUUAAGAUGUAGUUAAGGAGCACCUGUAAGGUUUUUAACUUUGUGUCCCGGUUAAACCAGUGUAACUGCUGAUGUAAUAAUAGUGUUUGAACACAAAAAAAACAACUAACAGUAGAAUAAAAGAUCUUUGUUAAUAUAACAUUUCAAAUGGCAAUAUGAUUGCCAUAUUUGGACUUCUAUACCAAAAUGAAUACAUAACUAUUAGUUUCAUAAAUCUGUAAUAUCUCUCCCACAGAUCAAACCAGUGACAAAUUAUAAUCGAAAUCCAAAUACAUUAUCUAAAAUGUAAAAUGCAUGAUGAUAUGUGUUCUCGCUGCACCAAUGAACUUCUUACCGAACUAUGAGCUGCAUCAUUAUGUAAUAUCUCUCUCACAGGUGAAACCAGUGACAAACUGUAAUACAAAUUCACUCGACAAGCCUUUAUCACCAUCUUUCCAUCUUAACGUAGACUUCCAUUUUCUGCAUAUGUUACGAAAUAAAGAUAACAAUAAAAUUUAUGUGUCAAUAAAA